AUGACGGAAACUGGAACAGCCAACUGGGCAAUCAGGAUCAACUUGAUCCACACUAAAACCGGCGUGAUCCUAUCACAGGAAGCCUAUUUCAAGCGUGUACUUAUCAAAUACGGUUUCAAUGAAUCUAGACCUGUGGCAACACCUAUCAACAACAAUGAUCACCUACAAAAGGGAACAGAAUCGGAGAAAAUCGACGAUCCAACAAUCUAUCAGUCGAUAAUUGUCCAUCGCGUCCUUCGUGACCUCAAGGAUACCCUCGAUUGGUCACUCUUCUACGCAAAAUUGCCACCCACUGCACUCAUCGGCUUCAGUGACGCAAGCUAUGCCUCUGACAUCGACGAUCGCCGCUCAUUUACCAGCCACUGCUUUAUGCUAGGGGAAGCUCUCAUCUCCUGGCGCUCUUAUAAGCAGCGCUCCGUCGCCACCUCUACUACUGAUGCAGAAUACAUGGCUCUUUUGGACACCAGCCGACAAAUGAUAUGGCUAAGGAAUGCGACACAUGAAUUGGAACGGAAACCGAAACUUUUUUUUAUUCUUCGAGGUGAUAACAAUG